AUGGCCUCCCCGUUCCACAUCUCUCGACACGAGCAAGUCGAGCUAGAGCGCAACGAAGCCUUCCGAGUAAUGCGCGAACAGCUCCGCCGCCAAGAAUGCGGCAUGGAGCGACCGAGUUUCUGCGCCGGCCAUCGCCACGCCUGCACCGCCGCCGAACAGGAAACCUUCCGUCUCCACCGCGAUAUCAUCCACACCCUCCUCGUCCCUCUUUUCCUAAUCAACCACCAAGCCGAGCGCAUCGCCGCCCGCACCCUCCCCAGCCAGAAAGGCGCCGAGCCCGAACGCGCAUUCCGCGGCGAAGCCCGCAGCGCCUUCGCCUGGCUGAACUGCAUCCUCACCGAGGAACACGACUGGUACCUCACAGCCCGCUGUCCGGCGUGCAUCGUCCAGCACGUGCUGCACUCGGAGCCGACGAUCCGCUUCGUCACGGUCGCCUCGCAGCUCGCGGGCACGCGUUCCGGCUUCCAGUGCUGGCUGAACGCCCUCGAGACCGCUGUCUGCGAAGACCCCUUCUGGGGCGAUGCUUUCUGGCCGGAUAUCGAGGAGCGCGCGUCCCGUCUGACGGACGGCGUGCAGCAGCUCGUCCGGCAGUGCUACGAGCUCAGCACGACCCUCGAUAACCCGGCUCGGGUGAACCCGUCGCUGGGCAAGACCCCCAUGCCUAUCUACGGCAGUCGCUCCACCAUCCCCCUGAAGCCGUCUAGUCUCGCGCGGAAACAGGUCCGGCUGACGCGCGAGGAGCAGAGAUACCGCGCUUCGCUGCGGAAUUGCUCGCAGGAGAUGAGACAGCCGCUGGCCGGCUGUACUACUGCGACUCAGUCUCGGCGCCGGUCGCUAACUUCAUGA